AUGGGUCCACCUAACCUUGAAUUUACUUAUAUCGUGAAACUCGAUAAUAUUACCAAAGAAGCCUCAGGACCUGUCACCGUGGGAACAUCAACAAUUUAUAUUUCGGCCAAUCAAAAGUGUUGGAUAGAUGAUGGAAUAUUUACGCGAAUAAAAUCUUUAUUACAAAUAACACUUAGCGAAACAACAAUUUCAGGAUAUAAUGCUUUGGGUGGUGUUGUUGAUAUUUGCGAUUUGUCUGAUCCAUCUAAGGAUUGUGGAUACCUAGGUAUAACGAAAGAACAAUGCGAAGCGCGUUUCUGCUUGGAUUGUGGAUAUCUCGGAAUACAACAGGAUGAAUGUGAAAAUAGAUUGAAUUGUUGUUGGGAUCCAAAGGAAGAUGCUAUUGGCAUAUCCACUCUCUAUAAUGUUGUCUCUGAAUUUGAUAAACACAAUAUUCCACUUGAAACAAUCUGGAAUGAUUUGGAUUACAUGGAAGGAUUUAAAGAUUUUACGUGGAACCCUAUAAAUUAUCCGCGCGAAGAAGUUGCAGAAUUUGUAAAUAAGUUGCAUGAGAAUAAUCAACAUUAUGUGGUCAUAGUUGAUCCUGGUAUAAAAAUUGAGAAUGGAUAUUGGGCAUAUGAAGAAGGUGUUAAGAGAGGCAUUUUUAUUAAAAAUGCAAAGGGAGAAAAUAUAGUUGGUCAAGUCUGGCCUGGAUUGACUAAUUUUCCUGAUUGGUUUAACAAAGACACUGAAAAAUAUUGGGGUGAUGCUAUCGAGAAGUGGUUAUACAACGUUGAUCUUGACGGCAACACCAGAGGACCAUUACCACAUGAUCCAGAAAAUUAUCAGAUCCUUAAUAAUAUACUCCCAUUUAUUUUUAAUAACGGAUCGAGUUUAACUACUUUUUCUACUCUGACGGCGAAUACUUCGAAUCUAAACGAACCACCCUAUAGAAUAAACAAUGGUGCUGCGAGAUUACCAUUAGAUUCACUUACACUGUCUAUGGACGCACGACAUGCAAAUGGAUUGCUAGAAUAUGAUGUGCAUAAUUUGUAUGGGCAUAUGGAAGCAAUGACAACAUGGAAAGUGUGGAAUGAAAGGUUUGGAAAAGGAAAGAGACCGUUUAUUAUCACAAGAUCAACUUUUGCUGGUACAGGAAGAUAUGCGGGACACUGGACAGAAAGUCCUCAAGAACCAUAUAUUUGGCCAUCAGUCGCUGCAACUUCUCGCAGAUAUCUCCGUAUUCGAUACUCACUCCUUCCAUACUAUUACACACUCUUCUAUGAAUCUCAUACGAAUGGAUCCAUGGUUCUACGGCCUCUAUUUGUUGAAUUUCCACAUGUUAAGGCAGCAUUAAUAGUUGACAAGCAAUUUAUGCUUGGGGGAGGAAUACUAGUGUCACCUGUAUUAUCGCCACUAAAAGUAGAGGUGAAAGGCGCUUACAUACCACCCGGAAUAUGGUAUAACUUUUAUUCACACGACAUAAGCUUUGAAGUUUAUGACAAUUCAGGCAUACAUUCUGAUAUUUAUGCACCUUUAAAUGAGAUGCCAAUACAUUUGAGGGGCGGGCAUAUUAUACCAAUGCAACGUCCCAGAAUGACCACAGCACAAAGCAGGAAGACGAAUUAUUAUUUAACAAUUCCAUUGGAUGAGAACGCAAGUGCUAAAGGAACUUUGUAUCUUGAUGAUGGUGAAAGUUUAGAUGUUAAAGACAAGUAUACUUAUAUCUCAUAUAUCGCGUAUAAAAGUACUUUGAUUGCGGACGUUAAAUGGGGUGAUGUCGAUUAUAACGAUAAUGAUAUAAAUAGUAGUGAUGGCGGUUUAUGGGUAAUUGAUAAUAUGGGAAAAUUAACUUUCUUCGGAUUACAAUUAAGCAUGUGUUCAGGAUGGAAUUUGACGUGGGUCUUAGAAUAA